GUGAAGCUCUCUCUCUCUACCCUGGUCUUGUUGUUCAUGGCGGCCGGGGUUUUGGGUUCCCCUCCAAAUUUGAAUUUCUCAGGCUUUAAGUUUAAGAGAAGAAAGAAACCCAUUUUGGCGCGGAAUACCAUCGCCCAAGAGGUCCUCCCCAAUGGUUCCCCUGCUUCACUGGAAGACCUCUUCCCAGGGAAGAAAGAGGCAGAUGUUGUUGUCAUUGGAAGUGGCAUCGGUGGACUUUGUUGUGGUGGUCUUUUAGCCAGAUAUGGGCAAGAUGUUCUUGUUUUAGAGAGUCAUGAUCGACCUGGUGGGGCAGCCCAUUCUUUUGAAGUGAAGGACUAUAAAUUUGACUCAGGCCCAUCUUUGUUCUCUGGUUUUCAGUCGAGAGGUCCUCAAGCAAAUCCUCUUGCACAGGUUCUUGAUGCAUUGGGUGAGUCAGUUCCCAGUGCUUCCUAUGAUUCCUGGAUGGUAUAUCUACCCGAGGGAGAUUUCUUGACCCGCAUAGGCCCUACGGAGUUUUUCAAGGACCUUGAAAAGUAUGCCAGCAAAGAUGCUGUUCGUGAAUGGAAAAUACUUCUUGAUGCAGUUCUACCAUUGUCUGUUGCUGCAAUGGCUUUACCACCUCUGGCUAUUAGAGGUGAUCUGGGUGUAAUUUCUACAGCAGCAGCAAGAUAUGCUCCUUCACUCUUGAAAUCAUUUGUGGAAAUGGGGCCUAAAGGAGCACUUGGUGCUACUAAGCUUCUUCGCCCUUUUUCUGAGAUUAUGGACUCGUUGGAAUUGAAGGACCCAUUUAUACGUAAUUGGUUGGACCUCCUGUGUUUUUUACUCUCUGGAGUGAAAUCUAAUGGUACACUCUCUGCUGAAAUGGUAUACAUGUUUGCUGAAUGGUUUAAACCUGGGUGUUCUCUUGAGUACCCACUUCAUGGAACUGGAGCUAUCGUUGAUGCCCUAAUUCGUGGGUUGCAGAAAUUCAAUGGAAGACUAGCAUUGAGAUCUCAUGUCAAGAAAAUUGUCAUUGAAAAUGGCCAAGCAACUGGGGUCACCCUUGAAAAUGGGUCUUUUAUUCGUGCGAAGAAGGCAGUUGUUAGUAAUGCAUCCAUGUGGGACACUUUGAAUCUUUUGCCCCCGGAUGAAAUUCCAAAGGAAUUUCAGGAAAGAAUUAAAUUGACACCACAAUGCGAUUCAUUCUUGCAUCUCCAUCUAGGGUUUGAUGCCCAGGACCUCCCUGAAGACUUGGAGAUCCAUCACAUUGUUGUUAAUGACUGGAAUAGGGGAGUUGAUGCUGACCAAAAUGUUGUCUUGAUCUCAGUACCAAGUGUAUUGAGCAAAGACUUGGCUCCGCCUGGGAAACAUGUAUUGCAUGCUUAUACACCUGGAACUGAGCCAUAUAACUUGUGGGAAGGACUUGAUCGCAGAAGCUCCGAAUACAAAAGGCUCAAAGCCGAACGUUCCGAGGUCAUGUGGCAAGCUGUUGAGCGUGCACUAGGACCCGGAUUCAAGAGAGAAAAGUGUGAGGUAAAGAUGGUCGGCACGCCCUUAACGCACCAACGCUUCCUCAGAAGAAACAAGGGAACCUAUGGUCCUGCCAUACUUGCGGGGAAAGGCUCAUUUCCCGGACACUCGACGCUCAUUCCACAACUCUUUUGUUGCGGGGACUCAACAUUUCCAGGUAUUGGCAUCCCUGCUGUGGCUGCAAGUGGGGCCAUUGCAGCGAACUCAUUGGUCUCAGUUAAACAACACUCUGAGCUUUUGGACGAAAUUGGAAUCUGAUGGCUUAGUAUGUGCAUCGAUUACUAACCUCUAUAUUUUUAUUUCUAGUUCUUUGAUAUGGGGAUUGUUUUGUGGAUGAGAUAUAUCCCCCAGCCCCAAAGUUAUCAUGGGCUUUGUGCAGGAAGCCCUCCAAUUAAAUUAAGGUAUUAAAUUAA